GCUAUCCGACCAAACUUAACCGUCAACGUCAAUGUCAUUGGUUGCUCUUAUAUUUAUUAUUUUGACAACAGUGUUCAACGUCAACUUCGUACUUAGAAAAUUCUGGUCAAAAUUGUUAUGUAGCAGUGGUCAGUAGAACAAAGGACUUGUAAUUCAUGUUUUGUCCGGCGGAAAGUAAAAGAUCAUGAAGAAAGUAGUAUUAUUUAAAAGUGUGUCAGAGGAUUAUAAGAAAGUGUUUAGUGAUAAUAAUUAUGAGGCGAUUUUCGUGGAACCACUGCAAUUUGAGUUCAUGAAUUUACAGGAACUUGGUGAAAAAUUACUGAGUAAUGAUUAUAAUGGUAUUAUUCUCACAAGCCCUAGAGCUAUUGAGGCCCUUUCCAAAUGUUGGUCCCCUUCGAAAUUCGUUAUUUGGAAUACCAAAAAGAUAUAUACUGUAGGUGAGGCUAGCAAUCAAAAGGUUAAGCUAUUACUCGGCUUAGAAGCCUUGGGCAGUCAAACUGGGAAUGCUGAAACACUAGCAACACUCAUAGCAAGUGAAAACAGUGCAAAAUCAAACUUUUUAUUUCCUUGUGGCAAUUUAAGAUCAGAAAUUUUACCAAACAUAUUACAAUCCAAGGACAUAACAGUCGAUGCACUAACUGUGUACGAAACUAAAGAAAAUGAAAAUUUAAGGACAAAUUUAAUGGAACUCAAUAAUACAGUGAAUCCUUGUUGUAUGGUGUUCUUCAGUCCAUCUGGUUGUGAAUAUAUUUACCGUCAGCUGCAGACGUUUAAUAAUAACCUUUCGAUUUUACCUCAUUUUGCUAUAGGCAACUCUACUGCACACAAAAUUGAAAAUCUGGGAGUUGAAAUAGCCGGUGUGGCCGCCAAACCUAAACCAGAAAGCAUGAUUGAGUCUGUCCAGCAGUAUUUUGAAACCACCGAGUCAUGUAGCUAGCCAUGUCAGACACUAAUUGUACAUGUUAUGGUGUUGGUUAUUUGUAUAUAAAUAUUGAAUAUAUGUUAUAUAAUACUCGAAUAUAGUACAAGAGUUUUAAAAUUUUAUUUAUGCAUUUUAUAUUGUUAUUAUUUUAUACAAACAAAUUAUGUAAAAUAAAAUAAAACUAUGAGUAAAUAA